UAAAAUUUUCGCAAACACCACCUUAUCACAAAGAUAAAAAGAAUCUUUUGAACCUUCUAAAAUGGGAAUACAAAAAUUAGAAAGUGAUAAUAGGGGUAUAAUUGGAAAUUGGAAAUACACAUAAUAUCUUAUAGCAUGUCUAGGUUUUUUCUACUCUUAACAACACAUUCAUAAACCCAAUCGAUAAUCUCCGUAACGAUCACUUUAUCGAUUCUAUUCCGGCGAUUCUCCGGCGUAUCUCCGGCGAUUUAGCUCACCGUCCGUUCAUACUUCCGCUAUUAUCGUCCUUUGAAUAUGUUUCAAUUGGAUGCAUGACCAUGAGUCUGUGACUUCUGCAUUUAGUCAGGUGGUGACAUAUCCUUUUGUGUCCCAAAUGCCGUGGAGUUGAUUGUUAGAUUGCUGGCUUCUCGGUAGGUUAGUAUUAUGGGAUCCAGUCGGCAAAAAGCUAAGAAUGGUAAAAGUAUUUCAUCAAAGGGAGACAGCAAUGAUGGCACCUCAGCUAGGACAAGACCUCUCAGUUUUGAUGAAAUUAUGCUUAGAAGGAAAAGGAAGGAAGAAAGGGACUUUAAGAACAAUUUUGUAGGAGCUGACAGUGGGUCACCUAAAGAGGACGGGCCUAAGAAGACCACUGAUUAUUUGGAACCUGAGCGAUAUCGAUACGAGUCAUCACCUAGUGCUUCCAGGCAUACGUCGGAGGAUCCUAGGAAGUUAGGGUCAACUCGAACAGAGGAUAAUAUGAUAGAUGAUAAAUUUGCUACAGAUAAAUAUAGAGAAAGUAGAGAAUCUGAAACCAAAUCAAGGACGUCAAUGAAUAAAGAUGUAAGCAAUAAGAGACUAGCUGGUAGCACCACCGAUAAAGAUUUUCUUGUACCGAGAAGAAAAGAUCAAGAUUUUAUUGAUGAUUCUGGAAAUGAAACUGGUAAAAGACAUUCAAGAGAUUCUGCCCGGAAGGAGAGAUCAGCAGAUAAGACUGACAGAAGACACAGCGAGGUAAGACAUGACAAAACUCCUGGUAAGGAUGUGAGACAGUCACACAGUAAGAGGAAAGAUAUGGAAAUGCCAAGUGAUGCUCUUCCAAAUGAGGCUGAGAAAAGGCAUUCAAGAAAUCACAGACAGAUAGACAGUUAUGCUGACAGAACUAAAGAAAAGUCUGAAUCAGGUAGAAGGAAGCACCAAAGUGAUGAUGAGGUGAGAAAAGAUGCUCUUCUGAAUGAGGCUGAUGGAAGGCAUUCAAGAAAUCAUGGACGGACAGAUAGUUAUGCUGACAGAACUAAAGAAAAAUCUGAAUCAGGUAGAAAGAAGCACCGAAGUGAUGUGGAGGAGAGAAAUGAUGAUAGUUAUGCUGGCAGAAUUAAAGAAAAGUCUGAAUCAGGUAGAAAGAAGCACCGAAGUGAUGUUGAGGAGAGAAAUGAUGCUCUUCUGAAUGAGGCUGAGAAAAGACAUUCAAGAAAUCACGGAUGGAGAGAUAGUUUUGCUGACAGAACUACAGAAAAGUCUGAAUCAGGUAGAAGGAAAAGUGAUGCGGAGGAGAGAAAUAGAGACAGGAAUGCCGAUAGAAAACACAGUUCAGUGAAAAUUUAUCAAAUUACUGGAAGGGUGGAAUCUUCUCAGGCUCAUCUAGAGGAAGAAAGACCAAAAAGAAGAAGGUCAAGAAGUCGAGAGAAUGAUAGAGAUCGAGGUAGAAGGUCUCGUUCUGGUUCACCAAGAGGACGUAAGCAUUCAUCUCAUGAACUCAGAGAGCGUGGUGAGUUUUCCUCACGUUCUUCCAAAGAUAAAUCUGGAAGAUCACAUUAUGAUCUGGAUAAAAAGAUAUCCAGCAAUGGUUCAGAUGGCCACUCCAAUCGCCAUGAAGGAUCUACAAGUGGGCUUGGUGGCUAUUCGCCUAGAAAGAGGAAAUCAGAGGCUGCUGCUAAAACUCCUCCCCCUACUAAUCGCUCUCCGGAACGAAAAGCUGCUGGGUGGGAUCUACCACCUGUAUCAGCUGGAACCAGUUUUACUGGUACUGAUCUUUCUAGUGUUAAGUCUUCAAUGCAGUCUGUAAUACCAAAUGCACACCAACUCUCUAGUGUGUUUCCUGCUGGUUCAUUCACAACAAAGGCUGCUGGCAUUUCAUAUAAUUAUUUAUCGUCAUCUAUACAUGCAAUUGAUUCCGUCCAGCUAACACAAGCCACACGACCUAUGAGAAGGCUUUAUGUAGAGAACUUGCCAAACUCUGCCUCUGAGAAAGAUAUUCUGGACUGGAUUAAUAAUUUCUUGCUGUCUUCAGGAGUUAAUCGCAUUCAAGGAACACAGCCAUGUAUCAGCUGUUUGAUACACAAGGAGAAGUGCCAAGCUCUUUUAGAAUUUUUAACCCCCGAGGAUGCUUCUGCUGCACUUUCUUUUGAUGGAAGAUCCUUCUCUGGUUCUAUUAUUAAAAUCAGACGCCCAAAAGACUUCGUCGAUGUGGCUACUGGUGUUCCUCAGAAGUCAGUGGCUGCAGCUGAUAGGAUAGACAACACUGUAGAGGAUUCUCCUUAUAAGAUUUUUAUUGGUGGAAUUUCAAGAACCAUUUCAUCAGAAAUGCUUAUGGAGAUUGCUAAAGCCUUUGGACCUUUGAAAGCCUACCAUUUCAGGAUGAAUUCAGAACUCAAUGGACCUUGUGCAUUUCUUGAGUAUGUUGACCAUUCAGUUACUCUUAAAGCUUGUGCUGGUCUUAAUGGUAUGAAGUUGGGUGGAGAAGUGUUAACUGUUGUUCAGGCUGUCCCAGAUACUGCGUUACUGGACAAAGAUGAAAAUACACCUUUAUACCAGAUUCCCCAGCAUGCAAAGCCACUUUUGGAGAAGCACACAGAAGUUCUCAAGCUGAAAAAUGUGGUGGAUGCAAAUGUACUUAAUUCUUUGUCUGAAGCAGAACUUGAAGAAUUACUGGAAGACAUCAGAUUGGAGUGUGCCAGGUUUGGCUCUGUUAAAUCAAUUAAUGUUGUAAAGCAAAGUCAAUGUUCUGCCACACCUGAUCCUACUGUUAUGGAUACUAGUUCUUCGUUGAAUGAGGGCAAUAUGGAGAUUGGUAAAGUGUGUGACAGAAAUGAUCCAUUUCCUAGGAGUGAUAAUCAUGAAUUGGAGUUUGGCGAAUCACACGUCUCCAAUAGUGAUGAUCGCGAGUUGGAAGUUGGUGGAUCACAUCUUCCCAACAGUGAUGAACCCAUGGAAACUGAUGAUCAUGAGUCGGAAGUUGGUGGAUCACACUUUCCCCACCGUGAUGAACCCAUGGAAACCAAGAGUGCCAAGGAAGCUGAAAAUUGCGUUGAUGGUAUAUCAGAAGCUCCGAUAGGUGAUGCUGAAGAGGCUGGAGAUGCCAAUGCUUUGGCUGGUGGUAGUCAUUCCGAUGAUAGACCUUCUGAGGAGCUAAUAAAAGAUGACACUUCUGAUCCUCUACCAGAUGAUGGUAGUGUCUCUGCUCGAGGGACAAACUGCCAAGAAAAUUUCGAGGUUACCCCCGGAGUCUCUCCAAAUGAAAAGAAUACUGCUAUGGUUUCAGAAAGGAAAGAUGAAAAUGUUAGUCCCAGUCCACUGGAGCAUCUUGAGAUAAACAACGAAUCACCAGUUAAGGAAGCAACCAAGUCAGAAGACAAUGGAAAUGCAGAUGGAGCUUCUGAACCGGUAUUCUCAUCCAAAGAAGAGUUGGAUGCUUCAGAGGAACUUGAGAAAAAGGAAGAAGUUUCUGUUAGUGAGGUGUUUGAUCCUGGCUGUGUACUUGUGGAGUUUAGACGAGCAGAAGCUGCAUGCAUGGCUGCUCAUUGUUUACAUGGACAACUGUUUGAUGACCGAGUAGUGACUGUGGAGUAUGUUCCCCUUGAUCUCUAUCGGACAAAGUUCCCUAAACAAAACUAAUUUCUUUUGGCCCAACUCAAUGCCCCUAUUUCCUGCAGAUCUCAAACUCACUCGAUGUUAGCAUAGGAUUUCUCGAUGCUAUUCACAUAGCUAUCGAAUGCUUUAACUUAAUGUUUGUUCGCAGUUUUACCAUAUUGAGAUGCCUCAGUUAACCUUUUGCUAGUGUACCAGAUUCGGAGCGGAUUACAUGUUUUUCUCCCCCAGAUGUAGAAUGAGAUGAAGGAAUGAGCCAUUUUGUAAUAUGUUGUCUUAAAAGUAACAGCUUUGUUUUGAAUUUGCAGCAUUUCACACCCUAUUUACAAUAUAGGAGCAUCUUCUGUCAAAAAUAUGGUCAUUUUUAAUCUUAUCUAAUCUUCAAUGAGUGCACCAUUUGUACUA